AUGAUGUCGAAGUUCACCAGUCGUGGUUGCAGAAGUGCGUUUGCAGCACCGGCUAUGAGAUUUUGCAGUGCUGUGCUGAUUUUAGUGAAUGCUAUCUUCGUCUGUUGGCAGACAGGAUUUGAUCGCGCGUUCUUCUAUGUUACACAGAUUUCGUUCUUUGUAGUAUUCUUUCUGGACCUCGUCAUGCGCUGGCUUGCAGAUGGCUUCCUGAAAUGUUGUGGAACCUGCUCGACAAAUCGGCUGCAUGGAGGUGGUCACCGAGACGCUGUUUUCUUGCAGGAUCUGAGACUGGAGCUUUGA